CAAGCACAAAGAAGAGUCAUCAAAGCUUCCCUCUACCUCUCUAGUGCGGCCACUUCAUCAUUCAAAGCUCUCUCUCUCUCUCUCUCUCUCUCUCUCUCUCUCUAGGGCAGCCAUUUGAGACCCAUCAUAGCAUCUCAGUUCUCAUCACUAAGCUCUCCUUUUGGACAUCUUCUCACAUGGAGACUCUUCAGUGGCCACAGAUGAAAGCAGUGGAAGGAGAUCCAUGGAAGAAGCCCAUUGAAGAGGAACCAGAGCUAACACCCUCUCCUUCCUCUUCUUCUUCCUCUGCAAAAGCCAGGCCUCAAAAAGACAAGGCCCUCAACUGCCCAAGGUGUAAUUCCAGUAACACAAAGUUUUGCUACUACAACAAUUACAGUCUCUCCCAACCUCGCUACUUUUGCAGAGCUUGCAAGCGUCACUGGACAGAGGGAGGAACCCUAAGAAAUGUACCAGUGGGAGGAAGCUCAAGAAAACCCAAGAAGCCCUCUUCUUCUUCUUCUUCCUCUAGGAAGUUCAAUGAAACCCUAAUUUCACAGGAAACACAGGGACCCAACCUCCCUGUUCUUCCCCUAGACGGCGGCUCGAGCAUCACCAACGCUUCGUAUUUUCCGGGUUUUGAGAUGAACAAUUACUUGGGUUUGGGUCCCUACAGUUUGCAAGAUGCUAAUUCACUUGAUCUGAGCUUCUCCAUUGGAGAAGGUCCAAACAUGGAGAACAUGGGUGGUUUUUGGAGUGGGUUCAAUGGAGGGGGAGGGGCUUGGAGUGCACAGUUGCCAAAUUAUGGCCCUUGAUCGUGGAUCUCGAUGGGUUUCGUGAAGUGGGUUCUGCUGGAAACCUGGCCGGAAAGAAGUUUUCCGGCAGCGAAAAAAAAUUGGACGCAUAAUUACGGUGUGUGGUUAUUGGUGCAAUGAAAAUUUGGAUGUUUUUUUAGGUGAGGAGAAUCAUUUGGAGCUUUUGCUUAGUUUUUAUUUGUUGGGUUGGGCUCUCUUUGUGGUGAUCGGCUAUGAAAGCCCGGAUUUUUUAGGGCAUUUGGUAGUCUUUGGUCGUCUUUCUUGAUUCGUGGUUCGUGGUUUUCAGAGUGAGCAGCGAAUUCAAGAGGAGGGUGGUGGUGCUCUUAAUCUCAGGGUUGGUGUUUGUUUGAAGUCAGUGACUGUUUUUCGAGAGAGAGAGAGAGAGAGAGAUGUGUAAAGAAUGAGGUAACCAUGAUUGAGGUCUGUGUAGGAAUAACAAGGAUUGGAUCUUGCUGUGUUUGUUUGAAUUGGUUAUGGCCAUUCUGUGUAUUUUGAGAGAGAGAGAGAGAGAGAUCCAUGUAAAAGCUGAGUAACCAAAAGGUCUGUGGAGAAGUAGGUGUAACAAGGAGGGUAUAUUACAAUGUUUGUUUGAAUUGGUUAUAGUGAGAAUGUGUAUUGAGAAUUUGAGAGAGAGAGAGACCCCACUUUAUGGGUGUAAGUAUUGGGACAACAUAUUGGAUAAUUACUGGAUUUUCUGUAA